AAAAAAAAAAAAAAAAAAAAACCAACGAACAACCCCCAGCUUAUCAUGUUGCUGAAAAGGUUCCUUUUGAUGAUGUGUGUUGGUGUGGUGUGGGGGCAGUUCACCACUUACAAUGUAGCUACAUGUGAUGGCUCGGCUCAACGCCUUAGUUGUGGAACGGGAGUAAUAAAGAUCAGGAGCGCAAAUUAUGGCCGCACAAAUGGCUACACGUGCAGUGCUGGAGUACCUGCCGAACAGCGGACCAAUGUGUGGUGCAACCAGCCUGAAGCAUAUUCCAUACUCUCCCAAAGGUGUGAUGGCAGUCAGUAUUGUGAACUGAAUGUUGGUCCAGAACAGUUCCCUGAUCCUUGUGCUAACACCUUCAAAUACCUCAACACAUCAUACUCCUGCCUCCAUGCCGACACCAGUGUAACCUGUGAACAUGAAGUUGGUGAACUCAACUGUGGUGCUGGUGUCAUAAAGGUAUUUCGUGCUACGUAUGGGCGCAGAGAUGGAACAACCUGUACAAGUGGACGACCACCUAGACAGCUGGUGAAUGUCAACUGUUUCCAGUCUAGAACUCUGCAAAUAUCAAACAGCUGUAAUGGCAAGAACAGCUGCUCUCUGACAACCUCACACCCAUCCUUCUCUGACCCAUGUUAUGGCACCUACAAGUACUUGGAGGUCACCUAUGGCUGUUACCCUGCCAAAACCAGUGUCACCUGUGAGAACUCAGCUGGUGAACUCCAGUGUGGAAGCAACUUAAUACAGGUAUUCUACACAAACUAUGGCCGUAGGGAUAACAAAACAUGUGCCAAGGGACGACCAUCCAGUGAGCUGGCUGACAUUGACUGUUUUCAGUCCAGAACUCUCCAAAUAUCUGCCAGAUGUAAUGGAAACAACACUUGCCUUGUUUCUGCUACGGACCCCUCUUUCCCUGACCCCUGUUCUGGCAUCUACAAAUAUCUGGAAGUCACCUAUGGCUGCUACCCUGCUAAAACAAGUGUCACAUGCGAAGGUCAUCAGAGUUUCCUUGACUGUGGAAAUGACGCCAUAAGGAUCUACAAGGCAAACUAUGGCCGUAGAAAACGUGAUAUCUGUAGCCAUCUGCGCCCUUGGUUCAAGCUAAAGAAUGUGAACUGCUUGCUGCCAGAAACACUUCAUCUGAUGUCUAACAGGUGUAAUGGAAAAUCCCAGUGUGAAGUGAAGGUUGAUAAUGGAGUUUUCACAGAUCCUUGUGCUGGUACCUAUAAAUACCUAGAAGUAUCAUAUGGUUGCCUGCCUUUCAUUCUAGGUGGCUGUAUAGGUGCUGCUGUGUGUGGGAAGUUCAACAAUUCCUGGAGUGGUAUAGUCACUACAUGUGAUGGAUCAGUUCAACAACUCAGCUGUGAGGAGGGAAUAAUAAAAAUCGAGAGUGCAAACUAUGGACGCACCAAUGGCAUCACCUGCAGUCAAGGAGUACCCACUCAGCAGCUCACCAAUGUGCAGUGUAACCAGCCUGGAGUGUAUUGUUUAGUCUCCCAGAGGUGUGACGGUACUAAGAAGUGUGAGGUGAGUGUUGGUCCAACAGAGUUUUCUGACCCCUGUGCCGACACCUUCAAAUACCUGGAAACGUCAUACUCCUGCAUCCCUGCCAACACCAGUGUAACGUGCGAAUAUGGAGUUGGUACACUCAACUGUGGAGCAGAUUUCAUAAAGAUUUUUCACACUACCUAUGGACGCAGGGAUAGCACAACCUGCUCUGCUGGUCGGCCACCUACUCAACUGGCCAAUGUCAACUGCUUCCUGUGCAGAACUCUCCAAAUAUCAAAUAGCUGUGAUGGAAAAAACCUCUGCUCUGUGAUUGCCACGGACCAAUCUUUCCCUGACCCGUGUUUUGGAACCUACAAGUACCUGGAGGUUUCUUAUGGCUGCUACUCUGCCAAGACCAGCAUAACCUGUGACGGUGCAACAGGAGAACUCAGUUGUGGAAAGGAUUUCAUAAAGGUGCUCCAUGCUACUUAUGGACGCAGAGACAAAACAACCUGCUCCAAUGGUCGCCCACCUACUGAGGUGGCAGUUGCGAACUGUUACCAGCCUAGAACUCUCCAAAUAUCAAGCAGGUGUGACGGUAAGAACCGUUGCUUUGCAACUUUCCCGGAUCCAUCUUUCUCUGACCCGUGUGUUGGAACCUACAAGUACCUGGAGGUCACUUACCGAUGCUACCCUGCCCAGAUAAAUGUUGCGUGUGAAGGCUUCCUGAGCUCCCUUGACUGUGGAAACAAUGUCAUAAGGAUCUUAGAGGCAAACUAUGGUCGCAGGAGCCGCACCAUCUGUACUACUGGUCGUCCACAAUCUCAGCUUGAAAAUGUGAACUGCUUACUGCCCGAGACAUUUCGUGUGAUGUCUGACAGGUGUGAUGGAAAGUCCAGGUGUGAAAUGUUGGCCGAAAACAGCAUUUUCACUGAUCCCUGCUAUGGCACCUACAAAUACCUGGAAGUGUCAUAUAGCUGCUUUCCACCCAGAAUAGCCUGAUUAUUGCUGUUCAUUUCUAAGUUGUGAUGCUAAAUACCUAAAAGGGGAAGAUCUGGCAUUUUUUCAAGUACUAAUCAGUUUAAACCUGUACUCUUCACAGCAUUUCUUGCAAUCUUGUUUAAUUUCUUGCUUUGAGUAUUCAAACAAUGUAUAAUUAUGAAUUGUUGAUGUAUUAAA